AUGGGUCGUUUUAACGUCAAAGAAGUUGAAUUACCUCGUUUUGAGAUCACACCUGAACGUCGAGAAAUUUUGCUUGCUGAAUUUCAUGCAGUCGUUCAAAAUACUUUGGAAUUGCGAAGUGCUUUCGCAGCAGGUGGACGACAACUUGACACAUCAGCAUGGAAACUUGUGAAAACUGUUGAUGACGUCCGUGCCUACCGUUCUCGACGUGCACUUCAUGGUGCUCCAGAGCCCACGGACUCGCGUGCUGAUACAUCAAGAUCUUCGUCUUCAAAUUCAAGCUCGCAUCGAUCAGCUGCUGAUAAAAUGACUGGGAUCAUGUCGUCUACUGUAUCAGGCAGUGAACACCAAUACCGAAAACAAAAGAAAAUGACGCGACCACCUGCUGUUGUGAUCUCUGGUAUAAUUGAUGGGACGGCAGAAGACGCAGCAUUGGGGUUUCUUGCUGAUACAGAGAUCAAUGCUAAGAUGCGCGAAUCAUAUUUGGGUACAGAGCUUGAGGAUGCACGUCUGCUUACUGUGUUGGUUCGCCCAACAAUCGAACAUCCAUUCAGUUUCAUUGGUUUGAAAUGGGGACUACAAUCGUAUGGACGUUUUAGUCAAGCUCGUGACUUUGUGUACCUGGAGGGUACUGGUCUAACGACAGAUUCCAAAGGUUUGAUCGUAGCCUACGCUGUUCGUCAAUCCGUUGAUGUAUCCGACAUUCUCACAUUGCCACGUCCACAAAAUACAAUUCGUGGCCAUAUGUCUGGUUGUCAAACGUUUGGUAAUACAAUUUCAACGGGUACCACGCGCCAUCGUGUGGCUGAGAUGUUCUCACGAGCUUUUAUUGAAAUUGAUGGCGAUCUUUCUGUGAAUGUGGCAGCAGCUGCAUACGCUGAGAAGCUCAUGGCUCUUGCUAUCACUAUGGAGUGUGCCAAUGGUCACAAACUUGCAUACUUAAUGAAGCAAUCAAAUCGACAAGUUCGACCAGGUACAGGUAGUAUCAUUGGUCGUAUCACUACAAGUAAUCACUGCUCCAACUGUGCACGCAAUCUGCGUAAAUUUAGUACGUACGUCUUACAGCGUGGAGGUACAUGUCAAGUGUGUCGUCGAACCUUUUGCAACAAAUGUAGCUUGCACAAAAAGAUUUGUGUAAGCCUUGGAAGUGAAAUAUUGAAAAAAUCAAUGCUCUUCUGUCUCUCGUGUUUGUUGGAUGCAAAGGCUAUACCAGCACGAGAUGUUGCUGCUGACAAGGUGUACCAAUGA